UUCCGAUCUUCUUGGACUCCGCAUGUGUCUGCUGUUAGCUUACAGAUGAAAGAAGCAAUAAUGAAUCAAGAGAAAUUGGCUAAGCUGCAGGCGCAGGUCCGCAUCGGGGGAAAGGGCAGCGCUCGGCGAAAGAAGAAGGUGGUGCACAGGACGGCCACGGCGGACGACAAGAAACUGCAGUUCUCCCUGAAGAAGCUCGGCGUCAACAACAUCUCCGGUAUCGAGGAGGUGAACAUGUUCACCAACCAAGGCACGGUGAUCCACUUCAACAACCCCAAAGUGCAGGCGUCUCUGGCCGCCAACACUUUCACCGUCACGGGCCACGCCGAGACCAAGCAGCUCACCGAGAUGCUGCCCGGCAUCCUCAAUCAGCUGGGAGCCGACAGCCUGACCAGCCUCAGGAGGCUCGCCGAGGCCCUGCCCAAGCAAGAUGGCAAAGCGCCCAUCGCCACCGUGGAAGAAGAAGACGACGACGACGUGCCAGAUCUGGUGGAGAACUUUGACGAGGCGUCCAAGGACGAAGCAAACUAGAGGACCAAGCGGGAACAAAACGGGGACCUCGAGGCCAGACACGGGGGGAGGGCCUCCGAAUCUUGGUUCUUGUUAGCUUCCGUGUGUUGCUCCCAACUCUCCACACCAGGUUCAGUCCCACCCAAUGAUUGUAAAAUAUUUUUCCUCUGUUACUGAAUCAUGUUCAUAUGUGGCCUCGUUAAAAAAAAAAAAAAAAGCAAGCAAGCCAUGUCUGCAAUUAAGUGUAGCUACUGUCAAUCAACAAGCGCAACUUUUGUUUUUAAGUGACUCAUGUGGGCCGAUAGUGACAUAUUGUUUUUGACUUCAGUCCGCUUGUCAUUGGUAUGAUCUCGGUUUGGGGGGGGGAGCGGGAGUUGAGCUUGAGAAUAAAAAAGAUGGAGUGGAAA